AUGCCUACAAAAAAGAAAAAAACAAGACAGAGUGGAGAAGAGGAAACCAAAGAUGUGGAUGACGAAGGCUCAGAGGAUCAAGAACCAAAGCCCAAGAAGAAAAGUAAGCAGGCGAGUGAGUAUGCUGGGAGAUUGAAGAAGAAGAAGAAGAAGAAGAAGCUUGAAGACAGCGAUGAAGAAAGAUCUAGUUCUGACACGUCAGAGGCAGAUGUGAGGAGCACCAAGAAAAAAGGGAGGGAUAAUCAAAAGGUCAAGAAGAAGAAGAAGAAAGCUAAAGAGGAGAGCGGGGAUGAGUUGAGCAAUGACUCACAGGAUACUGGAGAUAACAACAAUGAAUCCAAAGGGAAAAAGAGAGCAGAAAGACUCCCCGAUUUGAUUGAGACCACUAAGAAAGGAUCAAGACGGUCCUCGGACAAAGAUAAAAUGCCAAAGGAUAAAAAAUCCAGCAAGGAAAAGGGGGAAGAACAUGCAGCUGGGGAUGAAGAAGGUAAAAAGAAAAAAAAAGAAAAGAAGAAGAAAGGUUCAGAUAAGGGAGAUAGCGAUGAUGACACCAAGAAGACCAAGGGGAAAAAGAAGAAGAUUGAAAAUUAUGUUGAAAUCUAUGAAAACGAGCUUCGCAACUACGAGCCAGAAAAAGUGGAGAGCUACGAGGAUGAGUAUCACAAAAAGAAAAUAUAUGAGGUGGUGACCAUCACUGGCGAUGAGAGAGGAGCAGGCACCGACGCCAACGUGUUUGUCACUCUAUUCGGAGACUAUGGCAUCACUCCCAAAGUCCACCUGGCCAGCAACACAGAGAAGAGGAGUCGCACGGCAUUCGAAAGAGGAAAAACUGAUGUGUUCAGAAUCAGAACUCACAAUGUUGGACAUUUGAAAAAGAUAAGGAUUGAACAUGACAACACGGGCCUGAGCGCCAACUGGUUCCUGGACCGGGUGGUGGUGACGGACGUGAUCCGGCCUCACCUGAGGUUCUACUUUGCCUGUAACAACUGGUUCAGUAAGGUGGAGGGAGACUGCCUCUUUGUCAGAGAUCUGCUGGGUAGCAUGGACCCAAUGGACAUUCCCAAAUAUAAUAAGUAUAUAGUGAGUGUUUUCACUGCAGAUGUGAAAGGCAGUGGAACAGAUGCAGAUGUUUUCAUCAACAUCUUUGGGGAGUUUGGAGACACAGGUGAAAGACGACUUGACAAUGAGAAAAAUAACUUUGAAAAGGGCACAGAGGACAAGUUCACCAUCGAGGCACCAAACUUGGGCAAAGUGAGGAAGAUCACCAUUGGCCAUAAUAACAAAGGCUCUUCAGCAGGAUGGUUUGUGGACAAGGCGGUAGUGGAUGAUAUGGGAAACAAAAUAGUUUAUGAAUUCCCAAUCAAUCGUUGGUUUGCCAUCGAUGAGGAUGAUGGGAAGAUACAGAGAGACAUUUUGGUGGGGGGCAGUCAGCCCACAGGUAUUGUGUACAACGUCCAGGUCAUGACAGGAAAUAUCCGAGGUGCCGGGACCAACUCCAAAAUCCACAUUGUGAUGCACGGCUCAAAAGGCCAAAAGAACAGUGGCAAGGUGUUUUUGGAAGGAGGAAAGUUUGAACGGUGCCUGACAGACAUCUUUAAUGUUGAGAUCGCUGCGCUGCUCAGUCCCCUCAGCAGAGUCACCAUCGGACACGACAACGACGGAGUCAGUGCUGGGUGGUACUGUGAGAAGGUGGUGGUGUUCUGUCCGUUCACCGGGACAGAGCAGACCUUCCCAUGCUGCAAAUGGCUGGAUGAGAAGGAGGGAGAUGGUCUGAUAGAAAGAGAGCUCCAUGAGAUGGUCUCACUCAGGCAGAAGAGACAGAAGAAGCAUCCCUGGUCCUUGUGGAUCUGGACGUCAGACCUUCCCAGUGCAGGAACCGAUGCAGACAUCUCCUUCCAGGUGUACGGAGACAAGGGCAAGAGCGAUGAGACCAGACUGGACAACAAAACAGACAAUUUUGAGCAGGGACAGGUGGACAAGUUUAUGGUUGAGCUGCCUGAGUUGGGAAAACUGAUCAAACUACGUAUCUGGCACGAGAAGAGAAAUCCUUUCGCUGGAUGGCAUCUCAGUAAGGUAACUAUGAUGAAGACAUUAACAAAGGAGAAAUAUAAUUUUCCUUGUGAGCGCUGGCUGGACGUAAAUGAAGACGAUAACGAGGUUGUGAGGGAGCUUUCUGCCACAGGAGACUUUAAUGCUGAGCCCCUGCCCGUAAUAAAAUACAGGGUGACAGUUUGCACAGGGAGUGUCGGCGGCAGUGGCACAGAUGCGUCUGUGUUUCUAAAUCUAAUAGGAGACCUGGGAGACAGUGGAAAUCGGGACAUGGUCAACUGCAAAAACAACGUCAACAAGUUUGAGAAAGGAAACUAUGAUGAGUUUAUAGUGGAGUCAGUAUCCAUUGGGCAGGUCCGCAGGGUGAGGAUUGGACAUGACGGUAAAGGUGGAGGUUGUGGCUGGUUCCUGGAUAAAGUCAUUGUAAGAGAAGAUGGACAGGCUGAGGCUCAAGCUAUGGAGUUCCCCUGCAACAGGUGGCUGGACCGUAAUGAGGAUGACGGACAGAUAGUCAGAGAGCUAGUGCCAUUUUCUGAUGGACAGCGUCUUUACAACGUUGACUAUCACAUUGCUGUGAAGACGGGCAGUAUCCCUGGGAGCAGCUCGGACUCCAAUGUGUUUGUGAAGCUCUACGGAGAGAAAGGUGACACCAGUAAGAUCCUGCUGGUGGUCUCUGACAACAACCUUGGGAACUACUUUGAGACAGGUCGCGUUGACAUCUUCGUCGUGGAAACUUAUGACAUUGGACAGAUAAAUCGUCUGUUGAUUGGCCACACCAAUGAAGGCAUGCGGGCCGGCUGGUUCCUGGACAGCGUUCAGCUCAUGGUUCCAGUCCACGGGAAGCAGUACAUGUUCCCCAGUGACCGCUGGCUGGACACGUCCGAGGCCGACGGCAAGACAGAGGUGGAGAUCUACCCGAGCGAGACCCUGGACAUGGAACAGCUGAUUAACUAUGAGGUAACAGUAGUAACUGGAGAUGUGACCUUUGCUGGCACCAACGCCGGAGUGUUCAUCCAGAUCUUUGGGGACAAGGGGAAGACAGAGGUCCUCACGCUCGCAAGCAGAUCCAACAACUACGAGCGAAACACCACAGAAAUAUUCAAGCUAGAGGCCAAAGAUGUAGGGAAGGUCUUUAAGAUCCGCAUCGGUCACGACGGCUCGGGGAUCGGAUCUGGCUGGUUCUUGGAGACAGUAGACGUCAAACAUCUCAUCAUGGCCAUGGUGCCAAAAGAGAAGAAAAAGGAGGACAAGAAAAAGAAGAAGAAAAAGAAGAAAGAUGAGGAAGAUGAUGACGAGGCCGGAGGAGAGGAGAUGCAGGAGGUGGUAUUGACUUACCACUUCCCCUGUUCUCGCUGGCUGGCCGGGGGGGAGGAGGACGGGGAGCUGGUGGUGGAGCUGCUCCCAGAGGAGGCAGAGGAUCUGGAAGUCAACACCUAUGAAGUGUGCGUCUUCACUGGUGACACGCUGGGUGCCGGGACUGACGCCAACGUCUUCAUCAAUAUUUAUGGAGAAAACGGAGACACCGGAGAGCGUUAUCUGAAGAACUCAGACAACAUCAACAAAUUUGAGCGGGGGCAGGAGGAUGUUUUCAUCGUCACAGCUGUUGAACUGGGUCCUCUGAAGAAGCUGCGGAUCCGUCAUGACAAUUCUAAUUCUCAUUCAUCUUGGUACCUGGACCGUGUUGAGAUAGUGGACACAAAGGAUGAUACGACGUACUAUUUCCCUUGUACCCGCUGGCUGGCAGUGGACGAGGACGAUGGACAGAUAGCGAGAGAGCUGGUUCCUGUGGACGAGGCCUUCAUGAAGAAGGAUGAAGACGAGGAUUCAGGCGCCACUCUGGGCCUCGAGCAGAAAUCCAUGUCAACUACAUACACUCUCAAAAUAAAAACCGGAGAAAAGAAGUAUGCUGGAACUGAUGCUAACGUGUUUGCCAUCCUUUUUGGUGAAAAUGACGACACAGGGAUCAUCAACCUUAAGGCUUGUAAGAACUUCAAGAAUAAGUUUGAACAGGGGAUGAUCAAUGAGUUCACUGUGGAGGCGGUGGAUUUGGGCGACCUGGAAACAUUUCGAAUUGGGCACGACAACUCAGGAGGUUCAUCUGGUUGGUUCUUGGACUGGGUCGAGAUUGACGCCCCCUCACAGGGUCAGAGACUACGCUUCCCAUGUGGCCGCUGGUUGGAUAACGGAGAGGAUGACGGGCUGUUUGUGAGGGAUCUUUAUCCCGCUGAUUUACAGACUGAACUCUACAUGCCAUUUGUGCCUUAUGAGAUAAAGAUAUACACCAGCGAUGUGUUUGGUGCGGGAACAGACGCUGAUGUGUUCAUCGUCUUGUACGGUCAAAAGGGAGUGUGCACACAGCAGAAACACCUGUGUGUCAACAAGAGAGAGAGACGUCUGUACUUUGAGAGAGGAGCUGAGGACAUGUUUAUUGUGGAGUUGGAGGAUGUCGGAGACGUUUUAGAGAAGAUCAGGAUAGGACACGACAACAAAGGCACAAACCCAGGGUGGCACCUCGACAGAGUGGAGAUCAGACGACAGCUCAGGAAGGGAAAGGGUUCAGAAACGACCAUUUUCCCAUGCGAGUGCUGGCUGGCCAAGUCUGAAGAUGACGGGGAGACGGUGAGGGAGCUGGUCCCCUCGGACAUCAUCACAGAGAAACUCCUCAGGGAUGGGAAGCUGAAGACGACUGAAGUGGAGGUGGAGGACGCUUUGGAAACUCACAUGUACACCGUGUCUGUGCGAACAGGGGAUAUGUACGGAGCAGGAACCGAUGCCAACGUUUAUCUCACCAUCUACGGAGACCUGGGAGACACAGGAGAGCGCAAACUGGCCAAAUCUGAGAACAACAAAAACAAGUUCGAGAGAGGAGAGGUGGACAAGUUCAGCAUUGAGGCUGUGGACUUGGGCCAGGUGUUUAAGAUUCAUAUUCGUCACGACAACUCCAUGAUAGGGGCCGAUUGGAACUUGGACCAGGUGGAGGUGCUGGAUUUGGAAACAGAUGAGGUGUACAUGUUCCUGUGUGAGCGCUGGCUGUCCAAGAAGAAAGAGGACAGAAGUAUUGCAAGGACUUUCUUUGUGAAGGGGUAUGAAGGGGAAAGAAACAUUGAUCCAAAUUCCAAGAAGAUGCUUCAGGCCAAACUGGGGCUGGACAGAAACGCCAAUAAGAAGAAAAAGAAGAAAAAGGUGGCAGUGGCUGAAGAAGGUCCAAUCAUCCCUUAUCACUUCACUCUGUCCACUGGGAUGGAGCGGGAGGCCGGCACCUUCGCCAGGGUCUAUGUCAUCAUCACCGGCCCCAACGACAUGGAGACAGACCGGCUGUGGCUGGACCUGCCGGAGGGGAAGAACUGCUUCACAGCCGGCACCAUGGAGCACUUUGUGUCUUAUGGGACUGACGUAGGAGAGAUCAAGCGAGUGGAACUCGGCCAUAACGGUGUCACACCAGAGAGCUGCUGGUUGGUCGAUGAGCUGUCGGUUGCCGUGCCAACCAAAGGUAUUAAGUACAUCUUUCCGUGUAAGUGCUGGCUGGCGAAGGACAGAGGAGACGGUCUGACUGCCAGGCUGUUCAACGUGCUGGACGCCAGCACCAUCAACAUUAACCGCAAAGUUAUUUAUUCGGCAACGGUUGUCACAGGUGACACUCAGUAUGCAGGGACAGACACCAACAUUUUCCUGACGGUGUAUGGAGCCAAUGGGAGCACAGAGGAAAUGCUGCUGCCCAAAAAUGGGGACAGGUUUGAAAGGGACCAAGAGGACACAUUCAGUUUGGAGGUAGAUGAUAUUGCUCCCCUGAAGAAGAUCAGAGUUCGGAUUGAUUGCUCUGGAAGUCGGCCUGACUGGUUUCUCGACAGGAUCCUGAUGCGGAACCUGAACACAGAGGACACGUAUUUGUUUACAUACGAGAAUUGGCUGUCAAAGACAAAAGGGCCGAAGAGGAUUAAGGUGUGUGAGCUGGGAGCUGUGGUGGAUGAGGAGGAGAUGGUGGAGAAAACUACCUACAUCAUUCAAGUCCAGACCAGUGAUGUCGGAGGUGCCGGCACCGAUGCCAAUGUGUUUUUGAUGGUGUUCGGGGAGUACGGGGACACCGGGACGCUGCCUUUGAAGGAGAGCACAAACAGGAACAAGUUUGAGCGGAAAAUGAAAGAUGUGUUCAGGUUCCCCGAAAUGCUCAGUCUGGGCGAACUGUCAAAGAUCCGUGUGUGGCACGACAACAAAGGCCCCUGUCCCGGCUGGCACCUGGAGUACAUUGACGUGAAAGAUGAGGCCAUGGACCAGACCUUCAGGUUUCCCUGCGACCGCUGGCUGGCUAAAAAUGAAGAUGACGGGCAGAUAAUGAGGGAGCUGGCCUGUGCCAAUAACGACGCUAUAGACCUCAGUGACAAAACCAAAUAUGAAAUUGCCACAACAACUGCUACCACAGACAACGCCUCCACCACAGAAAACGCCUGGAUCGUGUUGGAAGGAAGGAAGGCUCGUUCUAAGGAGUUUGUUCUAGAGAAUAAGAAAAAGAAGUUCUUACGCGGUGCCACUGAUGCCUUUGAGUUCUCAUCCAAACACUUGGGGGAGAUUGCUGGCAUCUGCAUCGGCCACAUAACAAAAGAUGGAAAGAAGGUGAAGAGUGAAGCCUUCUGGCAUGUUUUAGAGGUGGUGGUGACCGAGAAGGAGCUGGGAAACAAGUAUUUCUUCCACUGUGAUGCACAAAUCCCCCUGGCAGCCAAAAAAGACAAAUUCCUGACAUUUGAGUGCUUUAAAACCAUCGAGAGCUUUGCGAGCAAAGUACGAAACCUGGUCCCUGUGAAGUACGAAUUCAUUGUCAUCACCGGGGACGUGAAAGGAGCGGGCACGGACUCCAACAUUUUCAUCAGCAUUUAUGGCGUCAACGGUGACUCGGGCAAACGGCAUUUGCAGAAAAAGUUUCGCAACCUUUUUGAGCGAGGGCAGACGGACCGCUUUGUUCUGGAAAUGCUGGACCUCGGGGAGCUGCUGAGGGUGAAAGUGGAACAUGACAACAGCAGCACCAACAGUGGUUGGUAUUUAGAGUGUGUGGAGGUGACCAACACAGCCAACUCAGUAACCACCAUCUUCCAGUGUGGAAAGUGGCUGGACUCGCAUAAGGCCGACGGGCAGAUUCAGAGAGUGCUCUACCCCAAAUACUAGGAGGGAGACAACAAAGGAGUGAGAAUAAUUUUUGUUCACUACAUGUACGACUGAAAUUAACAGCCCUGAAUGUUACUUUUGAAGGAAACACCAUCGUUCUUUUUUUUUUUUUUUUUUUUAGUUUGUGCCAACUGUUAAGGUUGCCCCAAUUCUAACUUCAGAAAAAGCCAUUUGCCACCAUUUUAUCUUGUACAAUUUGAAAAAAUAAAAGAAACACGCCUUAAUAUUGCCCAAAGCUGAUUAUCCAACACAAAUCAUUUAGUCUUGAUUUGUAAACUCUUUGUUUACUGUCCAAAUGUGCACAAUGUAGUGACUGCUUUUUCGU